UGCUCCCCGUGUCAGACCCUGCACGUCUCUCUGCGUGUGUUCCCUCCUCUCGCGCUGCAGUUUGUUCACUUCACUUCACUUCACUUCACUUUUUUUUUUUUUUUUUUGCAAUCCCACAACACCACCUCCCGGGGCUUUGGUUUGAUAUGACGUUAGGAAGGGACAGUAAUGGUCAUGGUAUCGACGCGUUUGCACUCGAGGGCCGCUUUUGCGAUCUACCCGACAGAAAACGCGGAGAAGAAAUGGACACGUCCGCGGAGGAGGAAAGCAACAAGCUUGUAUAUUGUGUGACGGACGUACCUCCCUGGUACCUGUGCAUCAUCCUCGGCAUCCAGCACUGUUUGACGGCGUUUGGGGGGAUCAUCGCAAUCCCAUUAAUCCUGUCAAGGGGAUUGUGUCUGCAGUUUGAUGGCCUCACACAGAGCCACCUCAUCAGCACCAUAUUCUUCGUCUCUGGUAUUUGCACACUGCUGCAAGUUACUUUCGGCGUCAGACUUCCCAUCCUCCAAGGUGGCACAUUCACACUGCUGGCUCCUUCAAUGGCCAUGCUGUCCAUGCCAGAGUGGACAUGUCCCGCUUGGACACAAAAUGCCAGCCUAGUCAACACUUCCUCCACGGACUUCAUAGAAGUGUGGCAGAGUCGAAUGAGAGCUCUGCAGGGGUCCAUUAUGGUGGGCUCACUCUUCCAGGUGUUUGUUGGUUUCUCCGGCCUGAUCGGCCUCUUCAUGCGCUUCAUUGGACCUCUCACCAUCGCUCCCACUAUCGCUCUCAUUGGACUGUCCCUGUUUGACUCAGCUGGAUCCAGUGCUGGGAACCACUGGGGCAUCUCCAGCAUGACCAUCGCCCUGAUCAUUCUGUUCUCCCAGUACCUCCGUCACAUACCUGUGCCCUUCCCUGCGUUCAGCAAGGAGAAAAAGCUGCACACCUCCCGUGUUCACGUCUUUCAGAUUCUCCCCGUUCUUCUUGGAAUAACUCUUCCUUGGUUCAUUUGCUACCUUUUGACGAUCUACAACGUAUUUCCCACUGAACCAAACCAGUAUGGCUACCUGGCCCGUACCGAUGUAAAGGGAGAUGUUGUGAGCCAAGCUCCCUGGUUCAGUUUUCCGUACCCAGGUCAGUGGGGGGUGCCGACGGUGAGCCUGGCAGGGGUGGUUGGCAUCUUGGCCGGUGUGAUCUCCUCCAUGAUAGAGUCUGUAGGAGACUACCACGCUUGCGCCAGGCUAUCCGGGGCUCCACCUCCACCGAAACACGCCAUCAACAGGGGGAUUGGCAUUGAGGGACUGGGCUGUCUGCUGGCCGGAGCCUGGGGCACAGGGAACGGCACGACGUCCUACAGCGAGAAUGUCGGAGCCCUCGGAAUUACAAAGGUCGGCAGUCGCAUGGUGAUUGUAGCCAGCGGAGUCUUAAUGGUCGCUAUGGGGGUGUUUGGCAAAGUGGCCGCCAUAUUCACCACGAUCCCAUCACCUGUGGUCGGAGGCAUGUUCAUGGUUAUGUUCGGCGUCAUCGCUGCAGCAGGAGUUUCUAAUCUGCAGUAUGUCGAUAUGAAUUCGUCUCGAAACAUCUUCAUUUUUGGCUUCUCCAUGUUCUCUGGUCUGGUCAUUCCCAACUGGAUAUUUAAAAAUUCCACAGCUAUAGCUACAGGUGUGAUUGAACUCGACCAGGUGCUGCAGGUGCUUUUGACAACCAGUAUGUUUGUGGGAGGUUUCUUUGGCUUCAUAUUAGACAACACCAUUCCAGGAUCAAAGCAUGAACGGGGCAUCGUGGCGUGGAACAAAGCUCACGAGGACGACUCCAGCAACACGCUGGAGAGCGGGGACGUCUACAACCUGCCCUUUGGUAUCAGCUCUUACUUGUCUUCUUCGUCCUGGCUCCGGUACGUCCCUUUCUGCCCUCCUGGUAAGCCCGACUCCUUGGACGGAGCAGACCUCGAUGCCCUGGAGUCCAAGCAGCAACUUGGACCCCAACGGCCUUCCCAGAUCAUUGUUGGGGCUGCUCUGUGAGUUUUUUUUUGCUCACGCAGCAUGCCCUCCAGCAAUUAGGAAUUCACCCAAAAUGCAUCAUAGGCUCCUCAGUUCGGAUUUCCCUUGUUUCGUGACACUUGUAAUGCUGCGUUCACACCAAAAGCGAAGGGAAUUAUUCGCGCGAGUGGAUUCCAUGCAAAGUCAAUGCACCGACGCGUCUGGUCACGAAUGAGGCCAUUUUAAAAAACGGGGGAGGGG